CGUAAGAGUCUCCGCCCCGCUCUGCGUUCGUUGCGUUGUUUUGGGAACAGAAGGAAGAUGGCGGCGGCUGUCCCGCUGUACUGCGUCUGCCGGCAGCCCUACGACGUGAACCGGUUUAUGAUCGAAUGCGACAUUUGUAAGGAUUGGUUCCACGGCAGUUGUGUCCAAGUUGAGGAGCACCAUGCAGUGGACAUUGAUGUCUACCACUGCCCUAACUGUGAUGUUGUACACGGACCCUCCCUGAUGAAGAAGCGGAAUAACUGGCACAGGCAUGACUACACGGAGCCCGACGACGGCACCAAGCCAGUACAGGCUGGCACCUGCGUGUUUGUGCGACAGCUGCAGGCUCGCACCUUUCCCAGUGCCGACGAGAUCCUGGUCAAGAUGCAGGGGCACCAGGUGACACAGCAUUACCUGGAGAAGCACGGCUUCCAGCACCCCAUUGCGGUGGCCAAACUGGAUGGGCUGGGACUCGAGCUGCCACCCCCCUCCUUCUCUGUCCAGGACGUGGAGCAGUAUGUCGGAAGUGAUAAAAUCAUUGAUGUAAUCGAUGUGGCCAGACAGGCGGACAGUAAAAUAAAACUUGGCGAGUUCGUCAAGUAUUACUACAAACCGCAUCGGCCGAAAGUGUUAAAUGUCAUCAGCCUCGAAUUCUCCGACACAAAGAUGGCAGAGCUGGUGGAGGUGCCCCACAUUGCUCAGAAGAUGUCCUGGGUGGAGAAUUAUUGGCCUGACGACUCCUACUUCCCCAAGCCCUUUGUGCAGAAGUACUGCCUGAUGGGGGUGAAGGACAGCUACACUGACUUCCACAUUGACUUCGGGGGCACGUCCGUGUGGUACCACGUACUCUGGGGUGAAAAGAUUUUUUACUUGAUCAAGCCGACCCAGGCGAACCUUGCACUGUACGAGGAGUGGAGCUCGUCCCCCAACCAGAGCGAGGUGUUCUUUGGUGAAAAGGUGGACAGGUGCUACAAGUGCGUCGUGCGGCAGGGCACCACCCUUCUGAUUCCCACAGGGUGGAUCCACGCUGUCCUCACCUCUCAGGAUUGCAUGGCGUUUGGCGGGAACUUCCUGCACAACCUUAACAUAGGCAUGCAGCUCAGGUGUUAUGAGAUGGAGCGACGGCUGAAGACUCCCGACCUCUUCAAAUUUCCCUAUUUCGAGGCCAUCUGCUGGUACGUGGGCAAGAAUUUGCUGGAAACCCUUAAAGAAUCCCGAGAGGACAAAUGCCAACCCCCCGCUUAUCUGCUGGGGGGAGUUAAAGCUUUAAUCCCCGCGCUUAAGAGGUGGUUAAAGAGGGAGGUCACUGAACCCACCAGCGAGGUUCCAGAUAAUAUCAGGCCCAACCAUCUUAUUAAGGAGCUCACAAAGGAGAUCCGGUACCAGGAGGAGGAGCAGAGUGGCAAGGUGGUCAGACCUCCGGGAGGCGGGGCUUGUCUCACGAGCCGUUCCACAAUGGAGCGAGGCUGCCGGGUGCGGCGGAAGGCACGGCAUCUCCGAGAACAGCAGGCCUCCAGGACGCCAUCCAACUUGGACGUGCUGGAGCUGCACACACGGGAGGUGCUGCGGAGGCUGGAGGUGGUGCCCUUCCAGGAGCUGGAUGCCUCUUUCAGCUGCCAGUUCAACGGGAAAUUCAACAAGGCAUCCACAGCAUCAGCGGAUGCAGUGGAGCGAGUUCUGGACAACAACCUGCGCUUGGUUUUGUGCAAUGGCAGAAUAGUUCGAGACGAGAGGCCACGGAUCAAAAUGAUUGGGACUGGGGAAUUGCCGGGCCAGAGAGCGGACACCCACCAGAAGGAGGCAGUCAAGGUCAAGCUGGAGUGCGGAGAGCCAGGGGAAAAGGCCAGAGCACUCAACGGGUUUUUCGAAGGCAUGAAAUCUGAACUCAGGAAUGGAGUCUCGGCGCACUCAGACACGUCAGACUCCAGCUCAGAGGAGAGUUGCAGUACACCGCAGAGAGACUCUUCAGAGGAAGACUCAAGGAGCUCUGAGGAGGAAGAGGAGGAGGAGGACACAGGGAUGAAGGUUUCCUCCCAGAACCAAACCCAAAGAGGCUCAGUGGGCUUCAUGAGCCUUCAGCAGCCAGGAUCAGAGUCCAGGCAGCAGGAUAUAUCUCUAAAAAGAGAACGUCCCACCUCGCCCAGCACUGAAGCGGCCAUCCAGGGAAUGCUGUCCAUGGCAGGGCUGCUGGACCCGCAGUUUCCCGAAGGAGAGACCUCCGGCUCGCAAGACCCCUGGUGGUCCAGCCCAGCCCAUCCAUCUCCUGACUGCGGUGGCAGGGAACAUUCUUCAGGAGAGGACAGCCAGGGAGACUCGGACUGCAGCUCCAGCCUGGGUCAUCAGGACAAACAGCGGGCUCCAAGGCACCUGCUAAAGGAGUGUCAGGCCCAACUCCGGCAGCGGAUCCAGGAGAAUAAGAACUUCAUGGACAGCGGAGGCGGCAGAAGCGAGGCCUGGGUCAACCAGCACCUAUCCUUGGACCCUGGCAGCCCCCUGCACCUGGAGACGGACUUCCAGUACAGAGAGACCUCACUGUCGCCGCCGCUUCACCCCUCCAAGCGGCCUCCCUCAAACCCACCACCAAUCAGCAACCAGGCCACCAAAGGAAAGCGACCUAAGAAAGGCAUGGCCACCGCUAAGCAGCGCCUGGGCAAGAUCCUCAAGCUGAACCGGCACAAUCGCUUCUUUGUGUAGCGGAAGGAGAAGGCAGGGCUGGGAAGAGCUGGACUUCGCUCUGUCUUGAGAUGCUCGUGCUUUGUUGACCUCUGCCUGGAAGCCCAUGCCACAAGUUUAAAUGUCAGGGUAUCAGUCUUAAUCCUGCAGGUGCAUGCACGCACGCGCAGACACAUACACGCACGCACGCACGCACACACGCGCAAAGACAGACGCAAGACACCUCAACGGUGGAAACCCUUCAGGGAGUUGACUGCGGUGGUGGCCGGUUUUCGCGCCGGAUCGAAAUCCCAGGUCAGUGGAAGCUGAAGGCUUUAAGCAGAGCUCCGGAGAAUCCAGCUGCUUCUGCGUAAGAGCGCCAUCUGCUGGUGCUGUCAUAGGAGUGUACAAGGAGCAUUAUGACAAGCAACCAGCCAAUCCGUAUUUUCAUGCCACGAUGUUCAUACUUUGGUUGCAGGCUUCUACGGCUGAAACUACUUACCGCUCCUGCCCAGUUCUCUCAGCAUAAUUACUCCAUUACCAAGCCGGUGUGGGCACACACAGUGUUAUGGAUGGUCCAGGAUUGCAGUACUAAGUAUCUAAGACUGUCCUUCUUGAACAUAUCUGGCUUUAGACGAAGAAGGGUGCUAUGGUGUUGAACUAAUCUUAAAGAAGGUGCUUGAAACUUUAUCUUUGCCUGCCGCUCCAUCACAAUCACACCAGCAAUAUCAUGUAAUACAGGAGACUUUGAUAUGCAGUGUCGAUGGAGGUGCAGAGUGUCCUGUUACUCCCAUAGUUUGUAUCGCUCUGGAACAGGUGUAGGGAAGGGAUGUAGAUGGGCUGGAGCCAUUAGCCUGACCACCUCACCCAGCCGGGAAGCUGUCGUCACUCGUGUUUGCCUAGUGCGCCGCAGUGCAGCCUGCUCGUCCACUCGCAUCCCUCUGGCUAUGAGCGAGGAGCAGUCGCACGUCAGAAACCUUGAUUUGUUGUUUUCGGUGAGGAAAAGCCAUAUGCACCGGGAAGCCAUAUUUCCAUGACAGUGCUUUAAGGAGCCAGUGCUCUGUCUCUGUGUGUUUUCUUUGUAUAUUUUCGAGGGUCAGAUGAAACCAAAUCAGGGUUAAAUAGUGCAGAGGAGGAGGCCGGAUCGUGACCAAUCAGGACGACUGUUUGGAAUGAGCUCAUUUGGCGCCACCUACAGGACACGAGAUGACUUCAAGAGCGUAAUGUUUUCUAUGACAAUUUACUUUAAAGCAUUAUGUAAUGUAUUGAGACAUUUUCUCUGCUUUAUUUCAUCAUUCAAUCCCCUUUGUAGUCGUUUGUUUUUAUUUCUUUGUAAGACACAUUUUGAUUAUUUAUGAAAAGGUAAUUGUACUUAUUUUCCGGCCUGUGGGCAUGAAUGAUUUGUAGUUGAAAAUGGUCAUGUUGCCAGGGCUCCCACAGCACUCGCGUUCUGGCAUGUAAAUGCAGAGGAGGUGCGUUAGCUGUUGACGGUAGCGAUGGCAGCACAAAGCACUAGCAUGCCUGUGCUUGUUUACAUUACUAACCUUCCAUGGUCACAUGUUCUCGGCAGUAUAUUGUUACGUAUUAACUCAGUGUCGGCCUGUGUCUGCGAUGUAUUUGCUAAAUGGGUUUAAUACUAUUUGAAUAUAGAGAUUUUCCCUCGUAUUAAAGACACAAGGCUGGUUCUGGACACAUUAGUAGAAAUGAUUGCAUAGGCAAUACAAGGCAAAACAAUUUCUUAAGUUAUAGCAUAGGCAAAGUGGCUUCUCUGGUUAAAUGUCUGAUUAGAUCCACAGAUACAAUGCAUGUUAUUUCUAGGCACUACACAUGAAACUGCAUUAACAGAAUAGGGACCUUGCAGGCCCAGUAGCAUCAAUGACAGCCACCGUAGAUGAAAUUCAAACAGGAUGUCAUUCCAUCUUCCAGAGGAGUCCAGCUCUUUGGGAUUGUGUAUACGUUUAUUUAUAUAUAAUCUCCCUUAAUUUGCUAAGGAUUUUGCCCUAUUUUGGCUUCAGACCUCAGGUGCAUCAGAAUUCCUGGUGCAAAAAUAAGGGAAACAACUCCCCCCCCCCCCCUUGGUGAUUGCCAAAACUGUGACUUGGGACCGGUGUGGGGGGCAGUCUCUCAGGGAUUAUUGCCACUGUCAUCAACAAAAUCCUUUCUUAUUUCACCACUAGCAACAUGCAGUGAGGCAUCUAUCUAUAAAUGUGUUUUCAAACUUUCAUUCUUCACAUAUAGUAUUUGGGACGUUUAUUUGGUCAACCUCUGUGUUUUUUCAGCGCUUCUCUUAAGGUUUUAUGACUGGGAAAUGGGAACCACGUUCUAUCCAUCCAUCUUCUAAUCGUUUCUCCUGGUCAGAGUCGUGGGGGAAACCACGUUGUUUGAACUUGCUAAAUGUGCUUUAAUUUUAUGACAUUUUACCCACCCUCACACACAUUCAGAUGUAGGACUUCCCCGGAACAUUCUCAGUUGUCAUUACCAUAGAAAGCCCACGAACCCCCCCGAAAUGUUGACUUCUGACCUUCUGUAGUUCUUUGGUUCCUUUUGCUUCCUUAUAAGCUGAACAGUUCAGGCUGUUUGAAAUUUUUGAUUUAACUGGGGGAAAAAAAAAAAUCUUCCUUAUACCUUUCUGGUACUGCACUUGCCUUACCAGCAUAAAGCAAACCAAUGAGAGUUAAAUCAGAGCUUGUAGCAGUGAGCAGAAAAAUCUCCAUGGCAGGAAAGGAGGGCCUCCAAUGUCGGGAUGGUUCGAAGUCAGAGGUCUGCGGCUUGCUGAGCUGCAUUGCACUAACUGCAUCCAAUUUGUAGCUUGGUCACAUGACCUCUAUAAAGCUCUGAAUGCAUCAAAGGGCUAUUUGCUUGGCCAGUUAGAUGUUUUUUAAAAACAUCUUUAGAGUGAGAUUGUUUUUGAGCUUCUGGUUCACACAAACCGAAACCCGAUCAAAAACGAACCAAACGUCUCUAUGUCCUCCUACACAAAUGUGGUGCAUCAGAGUGCUUGAAAGACACAUUGCUUCUCUUUAGCUAUGUUCCUGUAACACUAACAUUUUUCAAAUAUUUGCAUUAAAUUAACUUCCACCACAUGUGUGUUCAUGGCUGGCCCACAGGCAGGGGAGAUUUCCUGUAGUACUAUUAAUUGUACAGUAUUUAUUUUGCUUUUGCAUUUAAAAAAAAAAAAUCUAUUUGCAAUUGUGGUCUGUUUUUGAUGGUCGUACUUUUUUUCUUGAAUCCUGGAAUUGUUUUGACGUAAAAGAUAUUUUCAUACUUGAUUUAAACAUAAAAAGCUUAGACCUUGUGACUUUAUCCACUGCAGUGCAUUUUUUGAAUAUUUUGAAUUUCUGCAGUCAAUAAUGGCCUGUACAUAUUAAAAAAAAAAAUCUUAGUA